AGCACGCUUUGGCACCCGACGGUGCCGCCUUCUGGUGAUGGAUGUGGGCGCGGAUGAUUUUGAGAUGAUGCCUUCAGAGGAUGACUUGAUGGACUUCUCUGCGACAAAAGUGCAGGCUCCACCUGACGAUUUGGAGAUGGUGGUGCAGCAGAUUCGGGAGUUGAUUCAGCAACUCCUGCAGCAAGCUGAGCAGCCGCGAGCAGAUGCCACAGGAAGUAUGCGCAGUGCCAUCAGUGCCGAUGCGGAGAUGCCUGCGCCAAAGAUCCAAAUCUCCUCGCCCAAGGACUCGGAGCUGCGCUCUUUGAAGCGAAAGCCUCCGGAUGAGUUGACUGUGAGUGUGGAUCUUCCGGUGGACUCGUUGUUCUCCUUGCCCCACGCGCCGCUGGUUGUCCCGCUGGAGCCGCCCCCGGAGCUUUCGCCGCCCGAGACGCCCAAGGUCUCGGCACCACCCGCGGAGCCGCAGCCGCCGCAGGUGGAGAGGUCUCAAACUGAGAAGUCUCUCAAGUCUCAGAGAUCCAACCGCAGCGGUGGUUCGCGUGUUUCGCGUGUGUCGCGCGAUGGUCUAGACACCAAACGACGCGUCAGUACUGGCGGUUUGCAGGUCGUGGAGGAUCUUCGCCGGCCGCAGCGCAGCGGCACGCGCAAUAGCAAGGGCAGCAAGGCACUGUCGGUCUCCGAGUGCAGCGAAGCCCCACGAUUUGGCUUGCGAGACGGAUGGGACACACUGAACGGAUCCUUCUUCGUGAAGAGUCCCCGGGCCUUCUAUACCUUUGAGUCCGCAGGAGAAACCAAUCCAUGGGUUCGCUUCGAUCGCUUCCGGCAAAUAUGGGCUGUGAUUGCUGUCUGUCUUAUUUUUCGGGAUUGCGCAUUUGUUCCUUUCAUGAUUUUUGGCACAGAUUCAUCUUUUUGGAUGGUGGAAAUCUUUGCUGCUUGCUUUUGGAUUGCGAACAUUCCAAUUUCCUGGUGGAUUGCAAGUCGCUCCAAGACCACACUUCGGUCCCUUUUUUGGGCGCAAACAUGUGUGGAUGUGUUGCUCAUAGCGCCCACCGUCAUCGAUCUUUUCUUUGCGGGCCAACCUUAUGCGGGACAAGUGGUUUUGAGAGGCCUUCAAUUGGGUCGCUUGCUGCAAGUCCCUCAUUGGUAUAACAUCACUGGCCUCUCGGGGCGAGUGAGAGAAUGGUUGAGAUUCCGCAGUCGGGAAUUCCGAGCUUUUUGGAAUCUCACCUGGAUAUUCUUGAUCGGUGCUUUGAUGCUCCAUGUCCUGACCUGUUUGUGGUUCUACGUGGGUGUGGUAAAUGUGGAUGGCUGGGUUCGAGAAAUCAAGCUGGAUCAAGAGAGGAGCUGGCUGAACCAAUACAUCAAGAGUUUUGAAUGGGCUGUAUCGCGGCUGCCUCCGUCGCAUCUGCCUGAGAAUAUGAACUUGAGGGCGCGCACGGAACGAUGGCUGGCCAUGGGCGCCACGGGGGGCAUGAUGCCCUUCGGUGCCAUGUUUACCUCCAUCGUGACGAACGACUUGUCCGACAUCCGCCGCGUGCGACGGACGCAGAAGGAGGCACAGUUCCAGGUGGCCGACUUCUUCGUGAACUUUUCAGUGACGCUGGAGCUGCAGGACAAGGUGCUUGGGUACCUUCGCAAGAGUGUGGCGAAAGUUCACAAGCCUGGGAAAAACGAUAUCAAGGCCUUUCUGCCCGAAUAUCUCUUUGGAGAGCUCUGUCGGGAAGCGUUCAGCCCCACAGUGAAAAGCCAUCGCUUGUUCCAAGUGAUCAGCCAUCGACACCAGGGUUUUCAGUACGACCUCUGCACGCGCUGCUUGGUCGACUGGUACGUGGUGCCUGGGGAGGUCCUUUUCCACGCGGGUCCCGCGUGUGACUCGAUGCUUUUCGUGGUACACGGCUCGAUCAGGUACAAAAAGCUGACGGACGCUGCAGACUUGGAGGACGAAGCUUCAGAGGAGCCCAGGCUGCGCCAGAACUUCUCGGUGAUCCCUGACAAUUUCGGAGCGCCCGCUGGGACGCUGUGCGGCAGUGGGGAACGUCUGGCAGUUGGCGACUGGAUCUGUGAACCAUGUCUAUGGACGUCAUGGACCUACUGUGGCAAGGCUGUGGCAGGCAGCAAGGGUGGUACCCUGCUGGCCUUGAAGCCCGAGAGAUUGCUGGAGACGGUGGCAGGGCACAAGGAAGCCGCCACCGAGAUGGCUAUCUAUGCUCAUAUGGUCGUCAAGGAGUUGAACACGAUCGUGGAUGAAGAUCUUUCAGACACGCUUUGCUUCGACCUAGACCUCCAGUGAUGGUUGGACUCUGGCAUCUUGGAUGGGUAUUCCAGCAAGGUUUUGAUGGGUAUUCGGCG